UAUUAGCCAGCAGUUCGGGAAAAAAUUCUCUCCCCGGGAAAAUGUCAAACUUCCAAUGGUUACUAACGCUCGGCGUCCUGUGUUGUGCGGUUCUCAAUCCUCAAGGCGGCGGCGGCGCGUUGGCCGUAUUUUGGCCAUGUGAAAGUGCGGAGGACUGCACAGCUGACGGCUCGAGCUGCGACCUGGCCAGCGGGCAGUGCGAGUGCUCCACAUUCGACUUGGUGCUCGCGGAUAACUUCACCCAAUGCCUGGCGACGUCGCUCAUUGGUGAACGGUGCGACGACAGCGUCCAGUGCAAUCUUAUGCCAACGGGGGCCAGUUGUAAAGCCGGGGUCUGCGAUUGCGCCGAUGGCCAGAACUAUCUGCGUGGCAAGUGUCGCCCACUGAACGGACUCGGCGAGUCCUGCGAAACGGACUUGGACUGCUAUUUUGGAUACGAUCGUGCGUCUGUGAGUUGUCAACAAAACGUGUGCGGCUGUGCAAAUGGCUAUUAUAAUAGAUAUGGAAACAUCUGCCGUCGCAAAUCAAUGGAGGAAAGCGAUGCCUGCGUCGUUAACGAGGACUGUGAUGCACUGGGCGCCGGUGCCGAGUGCGUGGCCCUAGUAUGCACCUAUGUGGACGAGAUCACAACGACUUUGGGCCCCGGGGCCGAGGACACGGAGACCACCAAUCCGGGGUCGCCGGGCGAGGACGAGGACUCGACCACAGCGGAGGCGAUCACCGAGACCGCCGAGCCUGACUUUGAGUCUGAACCUCAGCAGCCGACCUUCAGGAGCCGCAGGCAGCUAACCAAGGCCUUCGUGCGCCCCCCGCCCACUCACAGCGAUGCCGCCGCCCAGGUGUCCUUCGCCCCCCUCGCCAACGGCGACACCGAGCCGCUCAUCUCCCCGCGUUCCCACGAGAUCGCCGUCCAGACGAGCAUCGAGAAGUACGAGCUGAGGGAGGUGGGCCGCAGCGUGCGGAACGCGGCCACCGCCACCACCAACACCGCCACCGCAUCCACGAGCACCAGCAGUCGGCGCACCUCCAGCCGCAACCAGAGCCACGCCCACAAGCACCGCCGACGCUUGCCCGCCCUCUUCCGCUUCGAUGACGAGGACAUCAAGACCUACUCCACACUGGGAUCCAGUCGGGAUGACGACGACGCUGAUGAGAAGAAGUAUGGCAGCAGCUGUACAGAUAAUGGAAAAUCAUGCUCGGGUCUGCCGCACUCGAUUUGCUCCAAAAAUAUUUGCUUUUGUCGCCAGGGAUACUAUGCCAAAAAUGGAAAAUGUUUUGCAGAGUUGGGAGAAAUUGCGGAGAGCACGGACGAGUGCGAAUAUGAGUUCGACGAUCUGUCCAAAACUUGCGUUUGCCAAAAAAACUAUUUCUACGAGCGGGAUCUGCGCAACUGCAGGAAACCCAUCCAAUACCACUUGUCCUGCACGUCGAACAGCCAAUGCAGUCCCUUCGGAGCCUCCUAUUGCCAUCCGGAGAUCCCGAGGCGGUGCACCUGCGAGGAGUACGCCCUGUACGAUGCCAUCAAGCAGCUCUGCGAGUACAAACAGGGUCUGGGAGCCGAGUGCGAGUCCAAUGACGCCUGCCCCGUGGACCACUCCGUCUGCUCCAAUCGCCUCUGCGUUUGUGCGGAUCACUACUUCGAAAAGGACGAAGCCUGCCUGCCGGGAAUCGGUGCCGAUUGCUCGGUGGACGAUGACUGCAUAGCUGAGGACACCACCUGCCAGGAGAAGGACGAGGAGGACCAGUCGCGCACCUGCCAGUGCCGAAAGGGAUACGUGCACUUCAAGGAUCAGUGCCUCAAGGAAGCUGAGGAACUAGAUGACGAGUGCGUCGAGGACGAGCAGUGCAAACCGCUCCUGGCCAGUUGCAAUUCGGAGUGGAAGUGUGGCUGCACCGAUCAGCAGCACGAGAAGAAUGGGAUCUGCGAGACAAAGCGGGAACUUGGAGAAUCGUGCACGAAGGCCACCGAGUGUUAUACGGAGAAGGAUCCCGAGAACGUGGAGUGUCGCAACUCAAUCUGUCAGUGCAAAUUCGACUACCAGGCGAAUGCCGAGCAGAAGCAGUGCAUUCGUGUGAUGCCCAACAAGAAAAAUUCUUCCGGUAGACCCAGUGCUCUUAAAAUCAUCACCUUCAUGCUGAUUGGCUCCGCUUUCCUGAUCACCAGUGCGGCCAUAAAGCAGGCCUAUUACUAAAAGCAAUCUUAUUCCUUUAAAGGCGUUGUGAGGAGUGGCGAGGAUUUGGAGGAGUUUGAGCAGGGACGAUAGCUGAGGACCCCGGGGGACAAUGGGGAUCGGCGGCCAACUGGACUGGAGUGGCCAGUAUUAGCCAAGUUAGAGGCAUGGAUCCAGGUCCAUGUGCAACGUGAAUAUAAAUCAACUAGUCCUUAAGCUGAUAUUUAGGAGUCAAAGCAAUAUUUGGAGAGGAGUCCUUAAAGGGAAUCUCGCUUAUCUAAUACGGCUAACAAUAAUGACAAAUUAUCUUUAAGUUUGAAGUUAAACUGCUUGUUGAUAGGCUAAGCAAACAGUUUUUAACCAAAUUGUAAUAUACAUCAUAAUAAACUAAGGUCAACGAAAAGUUGUAUCAAAUCCAGAAA